AUGAUCUAUAAAUAGAAGAUCAAAUUAUAUCAAUUUAGGGAUUUUGCUUUGAACAAUUGAUCGAACAAGAUGAAGAAAUGUGAAGAUUCCUCAAUUGUCGCCCAAGGUCGAUUAGCUGUUCUAUCGGCUCAUCUCUUAGCUGCAGUGGAAUCCAACGACUUCUCUUUCCUCGAGACAUCCUGCGUUUCAUCUCAAUCAAACGUUGCUCCUCCACCGAACCUUAAAGGCUCGUUGACGAUCGUUGAUGAUCGGACUGGAAAGAAGUAUCAGGUUCAGGUUACCGAGGACGGAACAAUCAAAGCCACCGAUUUGAAAAAGAUAACAAUAGGGAAUAAUGAUAAGGGGAUUAAACUUUAUGAUCCAGGAUAUUUGAACACUGCUCCUGUUCAUUCAUCAAUAUGUUAUAUUGAUGGUGAUGAGGGUAUCCUUAGAUAUAGGGGUUACCCAAUUGAGGAGUUGGCAGAAGGCAGUUCCUUCUUGGAAGUGGCCUACCUGCUAAUGUAUGGCAAUUUACCUUCUCAGAAUCAAUUAGCCGACUGGGAAUUUGCUGUUUCUCAACAUUCAGCAGUUCCACAAGGAAUUUUGGAUAUCAUACAGUCAAUGCCUCAUGAUGCCCACCCGAUGGGUGUCUUGGUCAGUGCAAUGAGUACUUUAUCCAUCUUCCAUCCUGAUGCCAACCCUGCUCUCAGAGGCCAAGAUCUGUACAAUUCUAAACAAGUGAGAGAUAAACAAAUUGUUCGUAUUCUGGGAAAGGCGCCAACUAUUGCUGCAGCGGCAUACUUAAGGAUGGCAGGAAGACCUCCUGUUCUUCCCUCCAGCAACCUUUCCUAUUCAGAGAACUUCUUAUAUAUGCUAGAUUCUUUGGGCGAUAGGUCUUAUAGACCAAACCCUCGACUAGCUCGAGUUUUGGACAUUCUCUUUAUCUUGCAUGCUGAGCAUGAAAUGAACUGCUCAACAGCUGCUGCAAGGCACCUUGCUUCCAGUGGAGUGGAUGUAUUCACAGCUCUUGCUGGAGCUGUUGGAGCACUAUAUGGUCCUCUACAUGGUGGAGCAAAUGAAGCUGUGCUUAAGAUGCUGAGUGAGAUUGGAACAGUUGAGAAUAUUCCAGAUUUCAUUGAAGGUGUUAAAAACAGGAAGAGAAAGAUGUCCGGUUUUGGCCAUCGUGUUUACAAAAACUAUGACCCCAGGGCAAAGGUCAUUCGGAAGCUAGCUGAAGAAGUGUUUUCCAUUGUCGGUCGGGAUCCUUUGAUUGAGGUUGCUGUUGCUUUGGAGAAAGCUGCCCUAUCAGAUGAGUACUUUGUGAAGAGGAAGCUAUAUCCAAAUGUUGAUUUCUACUCGGGAUUAAUUUACAGGGCAAUGGGGUUCCCAACGGAAUUCUUUCCUGUUUUGUUUGCUAUCCCUCGGAUGGCUGGGUAUUUGUCGCACUGGCGAGAGUCUUUGGAUGAUCCAGAUACAAAGAUAAUGAGGCCUGCACAGGUGUACAAAGGGGUAUGGUUACGCAGUUAUAUGCCUGUUAAGGAAAGGAUGGGUUCGUCGGCGGAGAUGGGUGAUAAGCUUGGCCAGGUUUCAGUUUCUAAUGCGACUAAGCGUCGGCUUUCUGGUUUUGCCACAUAAAGAGGUAUAAGCCCUAGGAUUGAAGAAUUGGAUGUUUUCGGGUUAUUCAGAAUAAGUGUGGUUCUUUUCUGUUAAACUUUAUGUAUUGGUAUAGCAUAAUAAUUAAAAAACAGUUUAUCAAGUUUCUUUUUCUUUCUGGUGGUUUACUGUUCCUUCAAUAAAAACUUGAUAUUUUUCUU